CGGUCAAGGGAAAUGGAGGGACCAACAGGGACCAAGCGUAACGGAAUAAAAUGUCAACUGUGCGUUCUAAGUUUUAUAUUAAAAAAGUACGCUAAUUGGAAAUUAAAUUGAGGCUGAAACUACUACUUGUCCUCAGAAUUUAAUCGCUCGGUGAUUUUAUAAUCGACUGCGCUGAAAGUAGACAUAGCAGGUGUGAGAAUGGAGCAGCUACAGACAGCGCUGACUGCUAUCAAAGUGCUCCGUUCUAAUGUUGGGCAAGUGUUUGAGUCCCUAGGAAAUGGUUUACGAGUAGAACAUGGAGAGGAGAGUAAAGAAUCCAAGUACUUGCUUGAGUUACAGGAACUGUUGACUACUGUAAAUGUUAACUUGAGGGAUGUAGAACAGGCGAUAAGUAGUUUAAAUCCUCCACCUGGUCCAUUUAAUUUAGCCAGCACAACUUACCUCAGUCAGGAGACUACGCAGGAAAGACAGGCGCUUUAUAGCACGCUUGUCAAUAGCUACAAAUGGACGGACAAAAUUCACGAAUAUAGUAACGUUGCUCAGAUAUUGCUUAGCCAAAACUCACUAAAGAGAUCUUACACGAGUGCAAGUAGAACGAAGAGAGGAAGAUUUCCCACUAGCUAUCAUAAUGUACCUCAGCAGCAAGUCGAUACUAUGAUAUCGACGUUUGACCGACUAUUUCCCGACAUGACGGUGUCGGUGUCCCGUCCGUUUGCGUCAAACGCAGUGCUACAUAUUACUCUAGGACACGUCCUGAAAGCGAUAAUAGCGUUUAAAGGACUGAUGAUAGAAUGGGUGGUGGUCAAGGGUUACGGCGAAACGAUGGACCUAUGGACGGAGUCCAGGCACAAAGUUUUCCGCAAAGUAACGGAAAACGCACAUGCCGCGAUGCUGCACUUCUACUCGCCUACAUUACCCGAGCUGGCAGUGCGAUCGUUCAUGACGUGGUUUCACAGUUUAAUCAAUUUGUUCAGCGAACCGUGCAAACGCUGCGGUUUGUACUUGCACAGCGCGCUUCCUCCGACUUGGAGAGACUUCCGAACUCUGGAGCCUUAUCAUCAGGAGUGCAAACCAUAAGGCGCAGGCUAUUCGAAGCUUGCAUUUUAAAUAAAUAAUCGAUCUUUGGUACUUUGUCAACAAUGUACAAUAAUAUUUAAAACGUAACGAUUUGUAUUUUUUUCUGAAUAUAUUUAUUA